AAUAUUCUAAAAUUAUUUAAUUUCGUUCAGUUCGUUUAAUUCAAACGGUAAUUAAAUUAUAUAUUUAGGAACGAAUGUACCAUCACGGAAUUUUACUUCAGUUCUUUGGCAUGCAAAUUUUACAUAAUACUCUAGUACCUAUCCGGGUUUAUAUCAAUUUCAGCGAUUUAAAAAUUGAAUUAUGGAAAAUCAAAAGACCAUCUUACUCACUUGUAGCAAGAUGGUAAUGGAAGGUUGGGAUGCUAUCAAUAUCAAUAUGAUAAGGCGGUCGUUCAAGUGUUGUGGCGUUUCAAAUGCUAUAUAUGGGACAGAAGAUACUUUAAUUUUUGAUUUUGAUCGAUUAGAAAAUAGGGUAAUAGAGAAGAUCUUGGAAGUUGAAGGUGAGAGAAACGUUGAAGGUGAGAGAAACGAAAAUGAUUCAGAAGAAAGUAGCGAAAAUGAUUCAGAUUAUGAUAAAAGUGAAUCAGAAGAAAGUGGCGAAAGUGAAAUAGAAGACAGUGAUGAAAGCGAAUCAGGAGAUAGUAAUGAAAGUGAAUCAGGGGAUAGUAAUGAAAGUGAAGCAGACUGUAAUUCAGGAUUGGAAUUAAUAAUUCAGCUAAUGCCUUUAUGCAUACUGUUAUGGUAAUAACGUAUUAUGUAAUAAAGUAAAGGUUUUUUGACUGAUUGAAUUUCGUAUAUUACCGUAUUAAAAUAACAGGUUAAAAAAUUUUGUUUUUAUUGGCAAGACAAUGUUAUUGGGUAAUUUGGGUUUAAUAUUUUAAUAACUCCUCAUUUAAGCAAUACAGUUUGGUAAAUUAGGUAACACAAAUUAAAUAAUACAAGUUUAUCAUUUAUUACUAAGUAACGCAAUUAAGUAAUAAAGUUACAAGUAUGAUAAUACCCGGGUCU